AGUGCCUCCUGGCAGUUCCACUUUCUCUCCCCAGGCUGCAGAGAAUGCUGCAGCUCCCUCCACAGAGCUGCUUCUCUUAAACCCGAUCCCCAUUGCCUUCUCAGUGCCUUCGGCUAUCCCUGCCGUCUCGCUGCCUGAGUCAGCCACUGCCAGUUUCUGGUGUUCCCUUUUUGCCUGCCCCAUGUCUCCUGUUAUCCUGGCGUUGUGGCUGACUCCCCCUUUCCUCUCCUCCUGAAACACCGGGUGAAGAACGAGCCCUGCACAGUUCUUGCAAUUCAGAUAAAAGGAGACUGAAGAUGAAACCCUCAGCCAUUUAUGAGCGCCUGGUGGGUGGUAUUGGGCAGUGGGAUUUCACUGGAGAUUUUGUUCCCUGUGAGCUGCUGCUUACAGGAGAGGCUGCCUUCCCGGUGCUGGUGAGCCCCCAGAAGCAGGUUCUGAUUGCUGUUUCGCAGUUUGGAAAGGGCCGGAUAGUGGUUGUUUCCCACGAAGAGAUUUUGAAGAACCCCAGGUUCUCCCAGUUCCUUCAAAAUGCUGUGGACUGGCUCAGGCCCUCCCCAGGAGCGCUAGUCGGUGUUCAUAGGAAUUUCGAUUCCCUCUCUGAGCUGCUGCUGGGGGCUGGCAUCAAAGUACAGCUUGGAGUGGGACUCAUUGCCUCCAUCGGGGUGUACUGUAUAGAUGCCUAUGAUGACACCCAGGCAAAGGCUUUGGUCCAGUUUGUGAAGGGAGGUGGGGGUCUACUCAUCGGAGGCCAGGCCUGGCAUUGGGCUUCUCAACACGGUGUGGACAGGGUCCUGUUUGAAUUCCCUGGGAACCGGGUGACCAGCGUGGCUGGUGUGUACUUCACAGGAAAUGCUGUGGAGACAGGUGUCUUCAAAGUCUCGAAGAAAAUACCAGAAAUCCCUCUCACUGUCAGGCAUGGAGCCAAUCUCUUUCAUGAUGUGGAGCUUCUCAUGCAUGGUGUGACAGAGCUGGAUAUCAUGACAGGCGGGAUACCCUCCCAUUUGCUGGUGCAUGGUGUGCUGGCCUUCCCACUUGGCCUGGAUGGCUCACUACACUGCUUCUUUGCCGCAGCACGCUAUGGUCAGGGCCGUGUGGUAGUGGCAUCCCAUGAGGGACAGCUGUGCGCCCCGAAGCUGGCCAGGUUCCUGCUCAAUGCUGUGAACUGGUUGGAUGCUGGGUGGAAAGGGCUGAUUGGAGUUGUUGCCAGCUUGAGGGGGCUGUGCCCCAUUCUCUCUCAGGAGGGGCUGAAGUUCCAGGUGUCAGAGCUGAGGAAUGACAUGAGUGUCUACUGCUGCUCUGCAUACAGCGACCAAGAGGCUGACAAGAUCCACACGUUUGUGGCAGAAGGAGGAGGCCUGCUGAUUGGGGGCCAGGCUUGGUAUUGGGCCUCCCAGCAUCAAGACCGAGCUGCUGUCGCUGAAUAUCCUGGCAACAAAAUCCUCAACCACUUUGGCAUCAGCAUCCUGGGCAUGAACAUCAAGGCAGAUAAGUACCCAGCUCAGCUCCCCAUGGAGCACUACCACUUCCGCCGUGCGCUCUCUCUCUUCCAGAGGCACGUGGACAAGGAAGAGCCUUUCCAGCCUCCCUUGACCAGCUGGCUGCAGAGGCUGAGGCAGGACUGCUCUGCCUUCCUGCGCAUCCCAGCUGAAGACUGCCCUACCUACAACUCACUCCACCUCAUCCUGAUCAAGGUGCUGCGUAGAACUGGGAUCCCACGGGUCAGCAAGCAGUGCCCAGUGAAGAGCAACUCCAAGGAGGCUGUCCUGCUAAGCCUGGCAACAGAGCUGUCCCAAAACAUGACAGACUGUGCUGCCCUGGUACAGAAACCUGGUGAUGGGGUCUGCCUGCCACCUUCCACCUCUCGUAUCACUGUGGAAAUAGAUGGUGCAAAUGCAGGUGGGACAGCAUGGAGAAGUACUGGUCUUUACCUACCUGAUGGGAGCACGGCUGUGAUAACCCUUCCUUGUACGGCAAUCAGUGCUGGUCUGCAGGUGCAGAUUGGGUGUCAUUCUGAUGACCUCACUAAUGCAAAGGAGCUGAUGCGGGCCCCAGUGGUGAUACGUAAGUGCCAGGUCAACUGUCAGAACCAGUCAGUUUCCUGCCUCUGGGGUGGCCUCAUUUACAUUGUCGUACCAGGCGGAAGCCAGCUGGGGAAGGUGCCUAUGGCUAUAGAAGGAGCAAUCAAAGCUCCUUUCUUCAGACUUGGAGAGACCUGUAAACGCCAAUGGCAGACCAACAUCCGGCACUACCCUGCUCCCUGGGCAGAACUAGCGACUGAGAAUCUGAUCUUGACUGUGCCUGCUGACAACAUCCGCCAUGUAGAGAACCCAGAGCCACUGCUGACCCUGUGGGAUCAGAUCAUGUGGGCAAUAGCCACGCUGGCAGCAGCACCAGCAAAAUUCCCAAGGCCAGAAAGGAUUGUAACAGAUGUCCAGAUUUCAGCUGGCUGGAUGCAUGCUGGCUACCCCAUUAUGGGCCAUCUGGAUUCAGUGAAGGAGAUGGUGAAUGUGGAACAUAUGCGAACAACUGGCCUGUGGGGUCCCAUCCAUGAACUAGGACAUAAUCAACAGCGGGCAGGCUGGGAAUUCCCCCCUCACACUACGGAGGCCACCUGCAACCUCUGGUCUGUCUAUGUACAUGAGAAGGUGCUGGGUAUCCCCAGGAACAAGGCCCAUGAAGCCCUCCGGCCAGCGUGUCGAAAGGAGAGGAUAAAAGGGUAUCUCGAGGAAGGAGCUCAGCUGAAGGACUGGAGCAUGUGGACUGCACUGGAGACAUACUUGCAGCUGCAGGAGGGCUUUGGCUGGGAACCCUUCAUCGCGCUUUUCUCUGAAUACCAGAAGAUCCUCACCAUCCCCAAGGACAACCCCUCCAAGAUGAAUAUGUGGGCUCGGAAGUUUUCUCUGCAGGUGAACAAGAAUCUGGCUCCUUUCUUCAUGGCUUGGGGAUGGCCUAUAAAGAAUGAAGUCUCCUCAGAGCUGGCAACUCUACCAGUCUGGGAGGAGAACCCCAUGAAGAAGUAUAUCCCUGUGAAAAAAUGACCUAGGUUGUGAGAUCCUUAAAUCUAGUGCCUAACUCCUAUUGGUCUUGUGAGCAAGAUGCCUAAAUGCCUUUUAAAAGCUAGGGUCAAGUUUCUAAAACAUAAGUUAAACAAAUCUGAUAUUACCCCCCUCAUCGACCCAAGUAUCUGAUCCACAUCAAUAUCUGAAACUACUAGUCUUUGUAUCAUUGGGCAAUUACCCUUAGUUUUGCACAGAAUGCUUCAGCUGUUUGGGUGAAAUUCACCUGCUUGCAGAGGACUCAGCAAAGGUCAAUAUACCAUUCAAGUCCUAUGUAAGACCUGUUGUGAGGGCUUACAUAGUGCACAGGCCUUACACUGGCCCUCUGCCUAGAAGUGAUUGCAUGCAGUUCCUGCAAAACCUGUCUCUGCACCCAUAGAUUCUUCCUGGGCAGAACAUUCACUGUGCUUACCUUGUGGAUCAUAUCUCAGGAUAUUCUUCCUCAAUGCAAAUACUGUCAAUGGCAAUUGAGUUCUUCUAGUUUAUUGUUUUAAUCUAGGUAAUACAAGACCUCCAUUAGAGGCUUGACCAGUUUUAGUUUUUAAGCUUUAAUCUCUAGUAGUUUCCACACCCAUUACCAUAAAACCCAGUAGUCAUAAUGCUUUUAUACAACUGUCAUUUGGCUGAUAACCCAGAUGCUGAUAAUUUCUUUCUGCUUUGUCUUGCUAAUUUUCAUUUGUAUUCUGUCUUGAUUGCGCUCCCAAUUACUCUGUGAUACUGAAAUGUGUGAGGUUAAAUUUUUGCCUCGCAUUUUACAGUUACUUUCUGUUGUUUGGCACUGAUAUAAGAGGGUUUUCCAAUAAAGUCUGUAUGGUAUUCUGGCACAGGGCAGGGAACUCUUCAAUCCCGUAUUAGCCCUGUUUUGAAGACCCAAAAUAAAACUUGUCAUGGUGUCUACACAAGUGGACUUCAUCCUCAGUGAACUUAUAAACAGAAGUCAAAUAAUGCAUGGAUGGAAACAAGUGGUUAAGAAUGUUGUCUGUUCUGUUAUGGAACUCUAUGGUGUUGAAGCUGUGGCAUUAAUUUAUUUUUUCUUAACAAAACAGAGAGAGGCCAAGCAUGCAGAGGAGGGGCCAAGUCCUGGCAUACAGAGUGUUUCGUCAGUUUCAGUGGAGCGAUCACAAUUUAUGCCAGUUGACAUUCUGAUCUGAUGUACUUAGGGAUGCAUGUUAAUCAAACCCAGUUUUAAAACAACCAAUUCAAUUUCAUUUGUUGGCAGGGUGGGGUCUUUUUAGUAAAAAAAAAAAUAUAUAUAAUGCCAUAAAAUGGGAAAAAUUGGAUAAAAAUUUUGCUCGGUAAAUGCCAGCCGGGACCUUGGUUGCAAAAACAGGCAUCCCGACUUGGUCUCUACAGCAGUAAAACAAGACAUUGGUGUAAAGAGAGAUCCCAGAAAGAUCAAUGAAACUAGUCGGUGUCCUGUCUGGAACAAGUUCAUGUCAUGGUUGAGAGCAGUCUUUCACAGAAAAACAGAAAAAGAAAAUACACUUGGAAAAUAUAUUAACUUCAGACAGAUUGAAACCAGGCUCUCCUUCUCCAAUAAACUCCAAAAACCGAUGGGUUCAUUGUGAAACUUUCUAAUUAAAUGUGAUUAAUUGACUUUCUUUUCACAAGAAGUAGUUAGCUAUGUUAGUCUGAAGGCAGCCAGAAGGCAGGGUACAUUUGCACCUUAUAGACUAAAUUAUGGAUGUACAAGCUUUCAUAAAUAGUAGUUUACCUAAUCAGAUUAUAUGAAGGGACUGCAGGGACAAGAGCUCUGCAUGCUGCAGUUCCUGUGUAGCAUUUGAUAAUGUAAACUGCUGCUUCUGAAAGCUUAUGCAUCUAUGGCCUAGUGCAGGGUGGCCAACCUGCAGCAUACAUACCACAAGUGGCACAGGAAGCUUCUGUGUGUGGCAGACUGCAGAUCAGGGAAGGAACAGGCAUCACAGUGACAGAUAGGGUAGGAAGCAGAAAGCAGAGAAGCAGGUUGGGUAGGGGAAGGGGAUUGGAUUGGUGCUUGAAGAGGGUAUGGGGCUAAUUUGUGGCAAGUUUGCCAGUGGGUUGGCUCCAAACGAUUUAGUCCAGUGGUUCCCAAACUCUGACAGAUUGCACACCACUAAUUUAAAAUGACCUUAAGUACCACUAGCAAAUUUUUGUCAUCUAAAGUAAUUAUAAUAAAUCUGUUAACGCGUACCACUGACAGGUUGUCUGUGUACCACUGGUGGUACCCGUACCACAGAUUGGAAACCGCUGAUUUAAGGUGAAAAUCUACCUUGCCUUCUGCUUUUAAUUUUACAGUCAGCUUGUCUGAUGAAACAUCACUUGCUAGUGUCCACACACAUGCUAGAUAGUCCCCUGUUCCUAUAACUUGGCAAAGAAACUCCUAAUACUGCCUAGUCAAAGUUAAUUUAACUUCUCCAGUGUGUCUCUAAGACUGCCUAAGACACUUGCAGGCAGACUACAAAAUAAAUAGGCAUGAUAUUUCUCCAGGAUUAGGUAGCAUGUGGAAUGAGAACUCUUUCAGGUUAAGCUUGUGGCUGGAAACAGUUUGCUCCCCAGUGAGGCUCCUCUUUGAACACCCCUUACUCACAGUGAAGCAUUCGAUAGCAUUUAAUGAUAGAUCCCUUUUAAUAAUACAGCCAAACCCUGUACUAUAGCCUCCAUGUCCUUAGGUUCUUCUUCUCUCAGAUCCCUUAUAGUAUCACAGACUCAGAAAAGUGUUGUUAAAAUACUCUCAAGAGGAAAAGGGAUGGCCCCCCUGCUGCAGAGGAAGGCAAAACAUUCCUUCCUGAUCCCAGAUGUGGUGAUUGGUCUGACCAUGAACUGAGUCUCUCUCUAGCCAGGAGACUCCAAGUUUCAGCCCCAGCAGGAGCAUUGGCACACACAGUCAAAAUCCCCAACUUUGGCUGCAGCCAACCCUAACACUUCUGAGGAAGGCAAAAAAAUACUUCUGACACCUGUAACAAUAGGCAGGGGAAAAAUCCUUCCUGGCACCAUGCGGCAACCAGCAAAGUCCAGAAGUGAGAGAAAAACCAAAGGCCCUAAACUCUGCUUUGAAACCUGGGGUAUAAAACCUUGUGUUGAGCUAGAUAGAAUCCUUUUAACAUGCAUUAUAGUUACUUUAGUAGGCUUGUAGCUGCAUUAACUAUAAGUUAGUCCAAGUUAGUAUAUGUGGGUGCAUCCCCACGAGUGAGCAUGUGUAGUUUGUAGCGCCACAAACCCAUCUGUGGCACUGCAAACAGCACAUACCACAUAUGCAUGCAUUUGCCAUGCUACAAAUUAGCAUAGUGUAGUGGGUUUGAUCCUGGUGUCAAAAAAAGCCCGUGCCAAAAAUAGCAGGGUGGCGCAUGUGGCUGCAGCACGUGCCACCUGAAACCGGAACCUGGCCAGCCACAGUCACACUCUGGUUGCUGGCCAGGCUCCAUGCACCUGUGCACCCAGAUCACCACUGCUGCAUCCCUGGGAGGCCUGCAGGACCAGGUUUCAUAGUUUCAUAGUUGAUAGGGUUGGAAGGGACCUGAGCAGAUCAUGAAGUCCGAUCCCCUGCCAUGGCAGGAAAGAGUACUGGGGUCAAACGACCCCAGCAAGGUGUUCAUCUAGCCUCCUCUUAAAGACUCCCGGGUUAGGAGUUAGCACCACUUCUCGUGGAAGUUGGUUCUAGAUCCUAGCCUCCCUGACAGUGAAGUAGCGCCUCCUGAUAUCUAGUUUAAACCUACACUCUGCCAGCUUGUGACCGUUAUUUCUUGUCACUCCUGAUAGUGCUCGGGGGAACAGGGACUCCCCCAAUGCCUGCUGGUCCCCUCUGACUAGUUUGUAACAGGCCACUAGAUCCCCCCUCAGCCUUCUCUUGUGGAGGCUGAACAGGUUCAGGUCCCUCAGCCUCUUCUUGUAGGGCCUGCCCUGCUGCCCCCGAUCAUGCGAGUGGCCCUCCUCUGGACCCUCUCCAUGUUGUCCACAUCCCUCCUGAAGUGCAGCGCCCAGAACUGGAUGCAGUACUCCAACUUCGGCCUGACCAAUGUCAUAUAGAGGGGGAGGAUCACCUCCUUGGACCUGCUUGAGAUGCAUCUAUGAAUGCAUGACAAGGUGCGGUUGGCCUUCCUGACCACAUCCCCACACUGUCGGCCCAUGUUCAUUUUGGCAUCAAUAAUGACUCCAAGAUCCUUUUCUGCCUCUGCACUGACAAGAAGGGAGUUCCCCAGCCUGUAGGUAUGCUGCUGGUUCUUCCUACCCAGGUGCAGUACCUUGCACUUGUCAGUGUUGAAACCCAUCCUGUUCUCAUCCGCCCACCCCUGUAACCUGUCUACGUCCAAUUGCAGCCUAUUCCUCCCUUCUAGCAUGCCCACUUCCCCGCACAUCUUAGUGUCGUCUGCAAAUUUGAACAGGGUGCUUUUUACACCCCCGUCCAAGUCUCUGAUGAAGAUGUUGAACAGUGUGGGUCCAAGGACCAAGCCCUGGGGGACCCCACUGCCCACAUCCCUCCAGGUCAAAAAUGACCCAUCCACCAUCACUCCCUGGGUGCGGCCCUCCAGCCAGUCAGUGACCCAAUUGACUGUGUAGGUGUCAAUGCCACAGUCCCCUAGUUUUUUAAUGAGAAUGGGGUGAGAGACAGUGUCGAAGGCCUUCCUGAAGUCCAGAAAGACUACUUGCACUGCUACCCCUGUGUCUAAGGAUUUUGUGACCUGGUCAAAGAAGGCACCAGGUUGGUCUGACAGGACCUGCCUCUAAUGAACCCAUGUUGGUUGCCCCUAAGCAUAACCUCCCCUGCUGGCCCCUCAUGGACAUGUGCCAGGAUAAUUCUCUCAAAAAGCUUACCCAGGACCAAGGUAAGACUAACUGGCCUAUAGUUUCCUGGGUCCUCCUUCCUCCCUUUUUUGAAAACAGGAACCACGUUGGCCCUUUUCCAGUCCUCUUGCACCACACCAGAGCACCACAAGUGCUUGUAAAGCCAUGCCAGGGGUCCCGCAAUGACCUCUGCUAAUUCCCUCAGCACUCUGGGGUGGAGGUUGUCAGGACCAGCUGAUUUAAAUACGUCCAGUCCCUCCAGAAGUUCCCUGACUAGAUCCUCACUGACUCUAGGCCUGGGUGCACCUCCCCUGGGUUCUAGGGGGGUCCCGGUGGGGGGUGACCCAGUCCCUGCUCAGGAAAAUGGAGGCAAAGAAAUUGUUAAAUAGGUUAGCCUUGUCGUCUGGUGUGAUGACAAGAUUUCCUAGCGUGUAUUGCAGAGGCCCCAUGCUACCCAGUACCUUCUUUUUACCCACUAUGUAUUUAAAAAAGGACUUCUUGUUGUCUUUGAUCUGGGUAGCUAGUCCCAGUUCCAUCUCCGCCUUGGCCUUCCUGACUGGCCCCCAUGCCCCGAGCAACUGAGGUAUAGUCCUCCUUGGUGAUGGCCCCUCCCUUCCAUUGGGUGUAUGCCUCCCUUUUAGCUAGGAGAUGUUCCGAUAUACUUUUGGUGAGCCAAGGGGGCUUUUGCGCCCUCUUGCCCCCUUUGAUCUGUGUUGGGAUUACCUCCCUUUGGACUUGGAGGAUUGUAUCCUUAAGGAACGACCACUCUUCUUGGACACCUGACUCCUCUCCCCUCCGGGACCUCAGGUGCUGGCCCCAGCCUCCCUUACCUGACCUGGGUCAAUUUGCCAUUCUCCAGAACAUGCGUGCAGAGGCAUGCCUGGGGACAACUAGCGGCACAAACAUGUGACAGUGCUGUUUGUCCUUGGGGAAAUGCACAUUCCUGCUCAUGGGGACGCACCCAGUGAGGCUAAGGGAAGAAAUGUAAAAGGAACUAAGUCACAGGUGAGAAAAGCUUCUUGGAAGACUAGCCAGUCUGAGAACAUCUAAUCUUAAUAAAGGGAUUAGUUCAGUGUAUACCAUCUUGGCUAACAGAAUGACAUCUUUUUGUUACCAUACUUGUCAAAGUUUCUAUCAAGUAAUGUUUUACGUCUUUGUUUGAGAAGGGUGAUAAAAAGGGGCUCAGUCUCUAAAUGUGGAUAAGAUCGCCCUAACAAGCUGGUUAGUUGUUAAUAAUUCAUAAGAUUUUAAGAUGCAGAGAUUCCAAGUUGUAAGACUGCUUACUUCUGCUUGGUUCAUAAAGAUAUAUCUAGCUAUGUAUUUUGCUAUUUUUUAUUUGCUAGCAUAUUCAUAAUUGGAAAUUCUAAUAAAACUUGCUUAUAAAUUCA